AUGCAGAAUGGUUCUCCAUUUAGAGAAGCGGUGCCGAGUACUUCUGGAUAUAACUUCGACAGAACUCCCUUGCAUGAAGCUGCUAUAGCAGGUGAUGAGGAGACGUUGCAGCUUUUAUUGAGGACCGGUGCCGAUAGAAAUGCCAAAGAUUCACAACACGGAAAUACCCCGUUACACGAAGCAGCUUGGCGUGGUUACAGCAGAUGCGUCAACUUACUAUGCGUCCUACCAAAACAAAAGGCUCAUAAAAUAUUGCUGGACCUCAAAGCACAAAAAGCCAUACAAGAAACAAAAGGCGUCUUACACAGUGCCCUUCUUUCGACACGAAACUACGGCGGAUUCUCAGCGUUGCAUUUGGCCGCCCAAAAUGGUCACAAUCAAAGUUGUCGGGAAAUUUUAUUAGCAGGAGCUGAUCCAAAUGUUCAAAAUAAUUAUGGUGACACCCCAUUACAUACCGCAUGCCGUUACGGUCAUGCCGGAGCAGUUCGCAUCCUGUUAUCGGCAAAAUGUGAUCCUCAGAGAGUCAAUCUCAACGGUGAUACUCCCUUGCAUAUUGCGUGUGCCAUGGGUCGUCGCAAACUCACCCGAAUUCUACUGGAAGGCGGCUGUGACAAGUCAAUCAUCAAUGCGCAGGGCGAAUCAGCACGGGACAUCGCCGUCCGGAAAAAGUUGAAAGAAUUGGUCAGCAUCAUCGAUAAAACAUCGAUAAAUUUGAGUCCGGAGAACAAAAAUCACUCACGAGAUAGAAGCUCUAGUAGUUCAAGAAACAUUAAAAGUAGUACAAAAAACGGUACAAAAGAUAAAAGUAAGAGAAAAAGUCACGAUCAAGUCGAUCAUCAUGGAAAAAAGCUGCCAGAUCCGCGCCAUUGGUCCCCUUACGGAUGUCAUUACUCCCCCGAUCCCAAAUGUUUUCCAUCGCCGAAGCUGGAAACGCUGCCAAAAGACCCUCUGAACAAAGGAGAACAGUAUUACCUCGAUUUAGCGGGCAACAUUCGAAAAGGUCCUGUCGGCGUUGGUACUUCUUGUUAUUGCGCGCCAUUUUUCCGCCAUCUUGAACAUCGCCUCAGCAAAAACAAGAACAACUUGAAGAAAUAUGUCAAGAAAGUCGACAAUAAAAUAGAUGCCUUGGCAAUUAAAACGGACGAUCAAAUCGGGGAACUCACAAAAUCCAUAAUUUCCGAUCGGAUUAGGUGCGAAGACAAGAAACUUUAUUUAAAAGAAUGGCUAAAACGCGGAAUUCUCCAUCGAGCGUCUCUGGCACCGGGAAAAGUGACUGCCAAAGAAUACGAAAGUGCAACCAACACCUUGACCCGGAGUAAAAGUCUCGAAGUGCUGGAUAACGAUGAGAUUUUGUUCAAAGGUGACAUUAAAACAUCAACGCCAGCUGGUCUCUCGCGUAGUGUCGAUCUCUUAAAUCAUCAUAGUGUGACGGUACAUCGCGAUGCCGAAUAUUCAGACAAUCCGGCAGACAGUUCUGUCAAUUCUAAUUGUAAAAAUCAUCCCGAAUCCGAUCGCGAAAGAAGUUCCUUGAUCAAUAGCUCGGACAAAGAUCGCACGGGAUCGUUUAAAAAGGAAAGUUCCACGGAAAAAAGUCUAAGUCAACCGAGUGAGGGAAAGAAAGUCGGCAAAUUUAGAAUAAGUAAGGAACCGAAGAGUUCGCGGUACAAAAUACGAGAAGCCAGAGCUGCUGUGGAUGAUUCUUUUGAACGUGAUUCGUUAUCAAAUGCAGAAUCCAACGACUUUGAUGAAGAUUAUCGAGCGUCAUUGGUCACGAAACGUCUGGAAAAGCUAUUGUACGAGACAAAAAGUAUGCUAGAAAAAGAAAAACUCUUUCAAAAACUACGAAAACAUGACGAAGCCCUUUUCAGUCCCGAUAAUUACCUCAUGAAAGCCGGAAGUGGUCGCAUGUUUAACCGAGAUCAACUAAUUGAGCACAUUGAAGCGACGCGACUUCGAGAUUUCGAUGAUCGAACAAGAAAUAUCGAAAAAGAGAUGGAAAUGAUCACACGAACGUUGGGCGGGCAAAGCAUCAUGAAAGAUCAUUCGUCUCCAAUUAAGAGCAGAUCACGUCGUGAAAGUGUCAUGAGUCCCGAGCCACUUGAAAAUGAUGUUCACGAGUAUAACACUUCGGAUGAAAAUGAAGAAUACGUCGAUGACAUUCCAGAUACCGAACAAAAUGACACGCGAUAUCUUACGUCAACGAAUUUUAACGAAUCCGGUAAUCAAAGUCAAAGCAGCGAUGACGAUGAGGAUGGAAUUGACUCGCAAGUUGCUGUAAAUGACUUGGAUCAACCGAUGUCGAAUGGAUUUUUCACAAAUUCCAACUUUAACGACUCCCAUAAUCGAUCGUCCAGCAGUGAGCAACAAAGUCCGGCGACAGUUCGUGAAACGCCAGAUAUUUGUCGCAACGUAAAUGGCAAACCGACAACCGAAUUGAGUGAUGCUUCGAACGUUAAAGAGCUCAACGAGUUAAAAAGUCGCAUUUUGACCGGUACAAAUUGGCGAAGUAAAGUUUUAAAAGUGAGUGCUGAUGAAGCGCGUGCCUCAAGUUCAUCGGGAAGUCCAGAAUUUGCCACAAAUGUCGAACAAAAUAACAUUUACGACGUAAGAAGUAGUGAAGUAGUAAAAACUUCGAAGACAAUUCGUGACCCCAUACAAGAAAUCGACUCAGACGUAGUUGACGCACCUGCUGUCGUUGUACAAGAACAACCACCUGCCUUACCGGCAAAGGGAAUAGUGAAAAGACUCAUAUCUAAAAUUCAAAAGUCAAGUUCUCCAGCAACGAAUUCAACGGAGACAUCAAACGUUAAUCCAAUUCCACGAACAAACGUGUCGGAAAUUCCUAAAGACGCAUAUUUUCACGAGCUGCCACCUAAAAAGCCCCUGCCGAUCGCCGUUGCUCGAAACCGGAAUCCGCUUCCCAUUGAUUUGAAUGAAAAUGACAUCUUGCAAGAGCAAAAUAAUCUUUAUGCGAGCCAUCAAGCCUUUUAUGCCAAUACUCCGUCGUCGUAUCAAACGCAACAUUAUGCAACGAAUCGAAAUGAACAAUUUCCGUCGCCAACGAAUGACUCGGGAUACAAUAGCACACGACUUUACGACAAUAGUGGCGCGUCCGAAAAGUACAGUAUUAUCCAUCAAAAUUCACAAUACGCAGGAUAUCAUCAAGCAAGUCAGGGUGAUGCAAAUAAUUCAACAACUCCUAAUGGCAACAAUAAUUUAAGCAGUAAAGAAUUUUAUUUACCUAACGGUUCUAGUUUAGUGUAA